AUGACGUGGCUGGUCAAUGAUCGUGCCCUGUUGACACCGGAGGAAUUAUUGCACCAGCUAUCGAGAUAUGCGGACCAACAGACUUCACGAGUUCGAACCAUGUUACUGUUAGCAACGCCUUCUCUGGCCAACCUUCUUGAUCGCAAAGCCUUUUUGUUACCUGCUCUGACUCGCCUAUAUGGCAAUGCUAAAUGGGCCGAAGAUCGUCAAGUCAAUGAAGUUCAUGUCAAAUCCAUUGCGGCAGUGGUUGAUGCGCUUCCUGCUUCUCCGAUUCUUACGCGAGAGGGUCGACUGCUCGCUUCUGAAGGUCUGGCGGUCCUGUUCAGUUCCGCAGAUCACCAUGGCAUGUGUACCACCGUUGCUCCGGAAGAUGGAAGUACUCCUGUCACGAUACGAUUUUCAUCUGACAGCACGGCGACUUGUCUGAAUUCUUCGAGACAUGUCGUUCGCCAUGUGACUCUCCCUGUUGCAAAUACUCUCUUCGUCAACGGAAGACACACUACUUUGCUGGAAGAUGAAUGGAAAGUUACGGCAUCUGAUUCCGGAGUAACGAUUGACCACUACCGAGGACGGUCCCUGAAACACUUACAAGUCAACGUCGGUUGCCAAGCAGAUGCAUUUUUAGACGGAUGCUCUGUUCCUCUUCAAAGAUUAACGCCACCCCGGAAGGUGAUCAAAUCGAUGGGAAACGUCCUGUCGCAAAUAGAAAUUGAAGGAAAGGCUGUACCUGCCUCUCAAGAACUCGAAAAGGCCGUUUCAGACCAUAUCAGCGGCGAUUCCACUCCUGGAUCACACAGUCCUCUCCUCAUAUAUGCCCUGAUUCGCUCACCCACGGAGUCAGAUGUGGAGGAAGGAGAUGCUCCAGGAAGUAGCACCGGAAAGUCUACACCUCUACAAACGCUAUGGCAGGACGCAAGACUGUUCAAAGUGACCGGAGGUGGUGGAGGAUGGGGGAAAAGACAAGGUCUGCUUUCCCUGGAAACAGCCGUCGAUUUUGAAACCCAUGAUGGAACGGUGGGAUUCCCUGAUUUGGAUACGAUGGAGGUCCUCCCCCUGGAAAGGCGGCCCCAAGGCAUGUCGCGGCAAAACAGCACUGUCGAAUUCUUGAUAUCACCAGCAGGUAAAGCUCCACAAAGUCCAUGGACAGGCGCGGGGCGUCAACGAUCUUCCAAAUCAAGGCGUACUGCGCAAACCUUCAUACUUGGUACAGCUUCCAACCUCGCGAGCUUAGAAAUGCCACACCAGCCAGGAGUCCUUCAAAACAAUAAAAUCCCCAAUGUUAUGGUCCUGCCAGACCAUUUCGGCAUGAUUUCCUACGGAGGCGCCGCUUUGGGAUCUGAUGAGACUCCCGCUUCAAAAGAACAAGUUGUUUCCUUCCGAGGUGUACCUUUGACAAUGUCCCGAACUCGAUUAGACGUUCCAAAUUCAUCUUUCAUCCUUCGCACCUAUCUGAAGGACGGUACGAAGCAGUCAGGUGACUACUCCGUGAAACUGAGGGACGAGUGUGAGGACGACACCGAAUCACGGUAUCUUCUCAAUAAAAAAUAA